CCAUCAAAACAUUCCAGGCACAGAAGACAACGAGCAAGAAUUGCGGCCGGUUCCUCGCGAUAGGGAGACAUGGACCUUGCGGAGACCCCCAGCGACUCUUUUGCUAGGCCCGCCGUGCGAGUGCUGACCCGCGCCAACCCCACCGCUACUUGCUGGAGCGAGUUUGUUACUGGCUAGGAUUCUCCACCGCCAGUAAGGUCUAAAAUGCCUCCGAGCGUCAUGUCAAUCCCAUGGACCUCACACCCCCAAAACACAAAUACAUCGUUUGGUUGCUGUUAUCCCUUUGGACUCAGGAUGGCUAAAAUUCUACCUCCAGAACUGAGCCCACCCAGACCACCUGGGAAGUUCAGCAUUACAGCCAUGCUUCUUAGACGAGCAACCAUGCUAGCUAUGGACUGGCUGAAGAAAUAUUUGCAUUUCAUGCAGAAUUUCCCUGCCAGACUGAUGGGGGCCAUAUUGAGGGGCAUUGCCAGCAGGGCAAUGUCCAUCUUGGAGAAGGCUGCAAGACUCUUAAGAGAGAGGGAAGAAAUGGGAAGAGCGGGAGGCAAAAUGGAGAAACAGAACCUGGAAGGUAGUCAUCUUCAGUACCUGGUCCAGGGUCAUUUUGAAAGUUUCACACUAGAAAGUUUGGUUCAGGAUGGAUAUUUAGGAAAGGGCCUGAAUCAGCUUUCGAUUGGUUCCAGCAGUUCCAAAGUGGACAUGAUGCACUUGGAAAAGGAAGGCAUAUCUGAGCUGUGUUUGAGGAGUCCUUCCAUUGGUUUUGAAUUUAGGAAUGAUUGGGAAGAUUUUUCAGAAGAUGAUGACGAAGAUAGCGUGGGACUUGAGGACAUGGAAAGUUCUGGGGAUUUCUCUCAGGGAUGCUGGGAAGAUUUUUACCAUCCCCAGAUAUUUCCAAAAGGUGACUCUUUUGGAAAUGGCCUGAAUGAAUACUGCAGCAACAUUGAAGAAUUAAACACAUCUGAGGGGGCUCUGUGGCAGAGUAUGGAAUGUACCUUUGUUUCCCUGGAAUAUGAGGGUGGCUUGAAAGCUAGCAGGGAUUUGUCAGUGCAUGAAGACCAAAGUUUAGAAGAUACACUUGAUUCUUCAGAGGAUGGAGAACAGUUAGAAAUGAAUAGGAAUCAUAGAGAUAAGGGAGCUGUCAACUCAGGAUCCCCCAACAGUUUCAAAAGCCCCCUUAUCUUGUCCUUGUUCUACAGUCCAUCAGAGGAAGAGGAGAACGAAGAGGACGAUUCAGAGGAUUGGUGGAGCGAGGAUGAAAUUGAAGACAGUGAUCAGUUUAGAACCGCUUUAGAUAGUAGUAAUUCAGGAAAUGGGGAUAAAGAUUUGGAAAGGGACAGCAAUUCUCUGGAGGACUUCUGUGGGUCUUUCUUCACCAAGGAUGAUCCUUUCCAUCCACUCUGUUUUUCCAAGCCUAUUCAGGCCCCCAAGCCAAAAUAUGAUGCACCAAAGCAGUCAUGGCCCCUGGAGGACCCAAGAGCUAACCAUAGCUGUCCAGCUCACAAAUGCAGUCAGCCGAGUUCUGCUGAAAAUGGCAAACCUGUUUCUGCAGAAACAGUGGGUUCCCAGGAGGAAAACCCAGUGAUUAAGAAGGUCCGAUUCUCUCCUGUAAUCACUGUCCACCACUUGCCGGUUUGGGAUAACGCCUCCCAGGCCGCUCGGAAAGGCCCCUGGGAGGAAAUGGCUCGUGACCGCUGCCGUUUUCGCAGGAGAAUUGCUGAAGUGGGAGCCAUCCUGGAACCUUGUCUGGACAGGGAACACCAGGCCAGAAUGUGGAGGAAGAUCCACGGCCUUCCGCUGGCUCCAGAAGAGGAAGAUGGGACCAUCAACACACCCUUCCUUUCCAGGUCUUCUCACGCAUAGUAGCUGGAUCUUGAAAGCUGGGAAUAAAAUGACUGCCCGAGAUGAUGGAAAUAGGUCUCAGAGGACUCUUGAGAAUUUGCCACGUGCAUGAGAGUUUAAAGCUUUCAAACUUUAUGCAUGAGAGUUUAAGGUUCCAGAAUGUUUUCAGACUGGCACGCUGAGCGUGUCCAAAGAGGGGGUGCAAAAUGUUACUUUUGCCCCUCUUCUUUGAAUCAUGUAGCUGUAUGUACAAACACAGAUGUGUCUAUCCAACACCCUCUAAAUGUGUUGGACUACAAUUCCCAUUGUCCCACUGCCAGCAGGGUGGAAUGUGUAGCCCAACAUAGCUGCAGGGUGCCCACUCAGGGAAAUUCUAGCCCACAGCCUACCCCUAGUAAAACUGCUUCCUUCUAGUACAGUGCAGUGAAAUUAAACAGCAAGCUCUGGGGAUGGGCUCCCUGAUGGAGUGUCCUUCAGUGGGCUAGGACCUGAGGCUGGGCGGAUACGGCUAGGAGCAAGCAGUUCUGGCUCCCAGUUUUUGAAAUAAUAAUGAUAGUAAAGUAGUUUUUGAAAUAAAUGCACUGAUGCUAAGCCUCUACUACUACACCAGUCGAUUCCUUGUUUGGAAAGAUUUUACACAUAAUUAUGAAUUGUGAUGAUGUGGAGGAGGGGUUUUAUUUGCUGGAUUUUUAAAUACAAUGCUUUCGUUACUGCGAGUGCAUUUCAUAGGCCUUGCACUUGAUUGCAAUAGCCCAGAGUAGCAGAACUUUAAUAUAUGAAUUGUACAGGCAGGGGAAAAAGGAGGGUGUUCAGACCUGCCAAGAAAUUCUGUAGCUGAAUGAAUCCUUGAGAGCCAGCUCUGAAGCCUCCUGUAUGUCAGUGGUGGGCAGAAGGGAGCCUUCCGGAUACUUGGACUUGAGCUCCUUGGCUGCAGCUUUGGGGGCUCUACCUUCAGCCCACCCCUGCUGUCUCCAGUGGCCUUCCAUGUGCCUGUCUUGAUUUCAGUAGGGUGCUGAAUGCCCAGAACCCUGCUCAGUUCCCCCAUAAAUACGGGCGUGCUUUUUGUUUUUACUAGAUACUGUGUCUCUUAGACCAGGUCUUUGGUAGCUUAUACAAUUUUUUCCUGUUUAAAAGCAUGUAUUAAAGUAUUGUUGCGUGCAUUCUUGGGCUGGACUUUCCUGUGAACUCAUUAAUUAUUGUGCUGUAUUGUAAUAGUUGUAAUUUGUAUUUUUAAAGAAGUAUCUUCCCUUA